UUUUAAAAUUAAAUGCUGUAAAAGGAAACUGGCUGGAAAUGUGUCAUCUCUUUGGAUGUAAAUUUUAUUGAGGCCUUGAAGAGUUGAGAGGAGAGAGCAAAUUCUGCUUUUCCCAUGUGAAUUCUCAGACUGCUUUGGAAAUAAUGAUAAAUAAAUGGUGAUCACCUGCACUUCUUGUGAGGAAGCAAACCUGGAAGAGAAAACAUCCAUACAGGCCUGAAUACAGAUGAUGGAGUUUGGCAGGAAGGGCUCAGGUUCAUGAUAUUUUCCCUCAAGGUCAGGCUGUGGAGAUUUAUUGGAUCAAUGAGUGGGGAUAGAAAUUUUACUGAACUUUUUUUGUGAAAGUACCUUGAAGAGUAUAAAGAUUUAUAUUAUAUAAGCUAUGGAUACACAUGAUUUUGCAUUGCAUGAGUUUGUAAUUUAACUUUAUUCACCUAUCCCUAUCCUCUCAUUAACUUUCUCAGUAUCACUUUGGACCUACACUGAGCCAAGACAGGGAGAAAUGCACAAAACUGUUUAACUCUUGGCAUCCAGGAAGCGGAGGCAGAGAAUGGGCCUGAGUACCAAUACCCACUCCAAAGGUUUACCCCCAGCUCCAUAUUUUGUUGUAAAUUUUCUGCCAGAACCCAAUAGCAUCACCAGCUAGGGACCAAGCUUCAACACAGGAACCUUUGAGGAGCAUUUCAGACCCAAACUGUAACACCAAGGUUGGAUAAAUUAGAUAGGAAUGCACAUGAGGACCCUUGCUCAUCACUGUGGAAAUGUGCCCAUACCUCCAAAUGACCUUGAGAUUUUUAUUUUAACAUCUGAAGAAAAGAACUGAUGUGUGACUUCAAUAAAUUAACCCAUAGCAGUACCACAGGAAAGUGAACAGAGUGGAAGAAGGUGCUGUGUGGAUUCAGAUGUCAUUUCAUUAGACAGCAGCGAAAUUCUAAUAGGGAAGACGAAUUUGUUGUUUCUGUUAACUAUCAGGAUUUGACAUGAAAGAAACAGAUUUAGAGUAUAAGAACAGAAAAUAGACUUACCUAGUCAAGUGCAAGCAAGUUCACUAAUGGUUGGAGUAAGAAUCAUCUUGUAGGAGUUAGGAGAAGGUCAAAACAGAGCUUACUGUCUAAAAGGAUUUAGGUUAAUCAGGGAAACAUCUGCACUGAGGGCUCAGAAAAUGGCAACAGAGAUCCAAACAAUUUUCAAAUCCUGAAAAUCAGAUUACAGAGACAAAUCACUUUCAGGAGUUCAACAAGACAGUCUGGGGGAAAUUAUGAGCUUAGGACUCUGAUUCAUGUUUAUCAAAGCUAAGUAGUUGUCCUUCUUGAAGGUAGAGUGAAUUUGAAGAUGUCAUUUAUCACUGUCAGGUAUUGAUCAUACAUUUCUGCAGGGAUGAUUUGUUGAGUGAGAUGCCAAGAAUGUAGUUGGAGCUCUGGGGUCUAGAAUGAGCUAGGGACAGUGAGCUGCCUUGAAAUGGUGUAGCAGGGACACUGAUGGACAUUUACUAAGGUUGACCUUAUAACUUGUAGAGUGGUCCGUCAUCUAAAGAGGUAGCUUGAUAACUGAUGAAAAGAUCAUCUAACACAAUUAGCUCCUGAAUCUCACAUAGUAUUUCCGGUGUCCCCUCCCCCUUUCUCCACCUUUCUCUCUCCUUUAUCUGAUUUUCACUGUCUUUCCCUCUCCCCUUCCUUCCUCUCACCAUUCCCCUCUCUUUCAUCUUUCUUUUUCAUUUUCUCCUUUUUUCCUUCCUUUUUUUCUUCUUACAUAGAUUUUUAUCCAUUCUUAAGUGAUCACCUAUACUAUAUAGAUAUUUUACAUAGAUAAGAAUCCUAAUGGGUUCCUGAGGCACCUCCGCCUGUGCCCAGCCGCGCCUAGCCAUCGGUGUGCAGAGGAGGAGCUGCGCGGAUCCGGAGCGCCUGCAGAAGCCCCUUCCUUUGUCUGGAGGAGGAGGGAUCCCGGGUUCCUGAGGCACCUCGGCCUGUGCCCAGCCGCGCCUAGCCAUCGGUGUGCAGAGGAGGAGCUGCGCGGAUCCGGAGCGCCUGCAGGAGCCCCUUCCUUUGUCUGGAGGAGGAGGGAUCCCAGGUUCCUGAGGCACCUCGGCCUGUGCCCAACCGCGCAUAGCCAUCUGCGUGCAGAGGAGGAGCUGGGUGGAUCCGGAGUGCCCGCAGGAGGCCCUUCCUUUGUCUGGAGGACUGUGGAUAUCUCUGCAAUCAGGGAGGCAUCACAGGCUCCUGAGGCACUGCGGUCUAUGAGAAUGCCAUGUACAUCCCAGAGACUAGCUACAUUGAGAAAAGAAGGUCAGCUGGGGUUCCAGAUCCUCCAGUUGCUCCUGUUACCUGUGCCGUGUCUUUUUACCACUCCUAUGGACUCAGUGGGCCUUUCCGUCUAGGGGCCAUUACCUGAGAGAAUGCUCUUGUCUGCAUUUGUGCCACUGGAAUGACUUCUUGCUGGGAGUUUAUACCCUCCGAGACACCUCGUAUAUGGCCACAGGGGCUAGGAAAGCCCAACUCCUUCCUGAAACUGAGACCAGCUGUGAGGUACAGUGUAUUUUAGAGCUGCCUAGAGGAUCUAACUCAUCCUGGCUCUUGGCUUCUCCUCCACUUUCCUGUGUGGCUUCCCCAUAGCUCUUCUGGUUUUCUUCUUGGAGCACUUCCUUAAUAAAUCACAGCUUGGGAGUUUCCUUUUCAUGGUUUACUUAUGAGGAACCUAACUUAAAAGAAUGGGUUAUACACAAAAUCAAACAUUUUCCCUCUGAAUUUCUUGUUUCAGACUUACCCUCAGUUAAUGAAUAAUAGGCAUUCCAUCUGACCGACUAUAAACCUCAAUUUGAAGCUUUCUUGCUUAGGAUCUCAUUUUCUGUAUUCAAGGAAAUCUGUGAAAUGAACAAGAGAGUAACUUUCCCCAUUCCCAGAAACUAAGGGCCAAAGGAUUUGUUUAAACUCUUGAAGCAGCCAGGGUCCCUGAUAAGCCUUCUCAUGCUCUCUCCUCCCCACAGUCAGCCUCUAUAAGUAGAUCUCUUCUCUUCCUGUCUGCUGAGCCACAGUCUCCUUUAGUGUAUAGACUUGAGUUGACCAAAAUAUUAGCCCAAAGCUCCAUGUGGCCAUUUAAAUCAACUAAAAUUUCAAAGAAUUAAAAGUUCAGUUCUUCAGUUGGACUAGUCUCAUCUCAGGUAGCAAAUAUCCAUACCUUUAUGGAUAGUUCUUCGAACAACACUGUCCUAGUCUUUCUAUUCAUCACAAGACAGUACUUUGCUAUUUUUGUUUUGUGAUAGCUUUAAUUAAUGCAGCUUUCUAUCAUCUCUGUCUCUCGACUUUCUGUGUUUCUCUUUGUGCUUGCCUGCUAAUUUGACAGAUUUCUCCUUUUUCAGUGUUGGGACUAACACCAGGGCUAUUGCUGCUCUUCAAUUUACCAUUACUGCAUAUGAAUUUCCAUAAAGCCCAUAUUAUGUGGGCUUUGUGUAUACAAAAGAAAAGAAGAAGAAGUAAAGGAAGGAAGCAACCAUAAACACAUGCAUGAUUAGGAAAGGAACUUUCACAAGGAUUCACUUUUUCCUCUGAAAUAGUAGUAGAAUAAUCCCUGCUCUUGUCUGUCACAGCAGCAUAAGAUUUAUUUGUGACUAGAAAAAGAAAUGAGAGCUGUUGGGAGCCGCGGCCAAGCCCAGUCGCCUUACUUGGCGGACGUGAGGCCUGUAGAAAAGAGCAAAGCCUGAGCUAAGUUACCCCUCCCAUCGAGUGAGCCAAGUUGGCACCUGCUUCCUGCCCCCUGAUUGCCCUGGCGACUUAAACAACCCACUCUGUAAGAUAGUCUGCCUAGCAACAACUGAUGUUAACCAAUCAGCCCGCAUCGCGUGCUUUGAACUGAUUGGCCACUGUUACCCUAUAAAAGUGAGUGCCUCUCCUGCCACGAGAGAGAAGCACGGAAAAGGUAGAGAUAGAGAAAGUCCACCGGUGAGAAAGGACUGGUGGCAGAGCAGAGGCCUCGCGGGGCCCACGCGGAGACAAAUAAAGACAAGGUUGCACACCGUCAGAAUCUGUCGUGUGUUUUUCCUGCCGGCCGGGAGCGACACCGACAUCUGGUGGCCCGUACGGGGAUCUGAUCACUCCCCUCGGUGGUGUGCAACGCUCCAGCGUGGUGCUGCCGGACAGGUGAGUGGGGGAUAAGCCUGGGCUCUGGGUGGUGCGCACCUACAGGGCUUUUAGACUCCCCUCAGGCUCACGCGUAGGUGACAGGUUCUCUAAGUCACACGCGGUGAGUAACAGCCCUCGGAGGUUGAGGAUGGGUAAUUUACCGAGCACGGAGGCACGGCCCUUGGUAAAGGCCCUUAGAAAGCUUUUAAAAGCUAGAGACCUCAGGGUAGGUCAAAAAACACUGGAACUAUUCAUAGCAGAGGUAGAUAGGGUGGCUCCCUGGUUUUUACCCACAGGGCAUUUAAACCUGCCAUCAUGGGAGAAGUUAGGCGGGGACCUCGCCUCGGCGGAAUUGGGAGGCGAUAUUUCGCCGGCUAUUCGCCCGCUACGGGAAAUGAUACAUGCGUGCCUUGAAGGGGAGGGGAAGGGGUUCCCGUCGGCAGUUAGAGACGCGGAAAUCAUGGACGCACGCAAGGCUUUUGAGCAGGCAAAAUCGGAAUGCUCUCGGGAGGGGUCUAUCCAGGGGGAGAAGAUCCAGGGAAAGAUAGAGAACACCCAAGCUCUGGAGUCCUCCGACUCAGAUAGCGAGGAGGAACUAGAAGGUGGGGCAGGAAGCCGAGAGGCCCGAAACCCCUAUGCUGAGUUGCGCCGCGAAUUGUGUGCGUGCGCCGCUCGAGAAAAGCAGAGAGAGGAGAAAGGACCCCCGAGCGCCCUCUGGCGGGGAGGAGAUAGAGAGCCAUCCGCUCCGCCCUGGAGUUCAUUUCCAGAAGCGGUUCCCCGCCGAGAGGCCGCUACAGGGGACCCCCCUUUCUCUCAGCCGGCACAGGAAGUGACGCCCCAUUCCACUCUGUCGCGACCGCCGUUCUAUGACGUCGCGCCGCGGGGCGGACGAUAUUUUCAUGGGCGGUUAUGGAGGGGUGAACGAUGGCCCAGAGGGGAUCCAUCGAUGCAAGGAAUAGAUUACGGUCCUUAUGGAGUAUUUCCUGUGCAAAUGGCCCCAGGCCAAGGGCGCAAUGUUUGGGAACCGUUUGAAAUAAAACAGAUUAGAGAAUUAAAAAGCGCUGUCACGACCUUCGGGCCCACAGCUCCUUAUACCAUAGCUAUGCUAGAGAAUCUUGCCUCCCAGCCUCUUACACCGGGUGAUUGGAUGCAGCUGGCCAAGGCAUGCCUUCCUUCGGGUAGUUAUCUUGAUUGGCGAGCAUGGUACGCAGAGUUCUCUGCCGAGCAGGCUGAGAGAAACGCCGGUCAAGGAAACGGGAGCUGGGGAUUUAGCUCAGCGGCAUAAGCGCCUGCCUUGUAAGCAGGCAAUAGCGAGUUCGAUCCCUGGUACCGAUAAAAAAAAAAAAAAAAAAAAAAAAAAAAAAACAAAAAACGAAAAAGACCAAAAAAAAAUAAAAAAAAAAUAAAAAAUAAAAAAUAAAAAAAUAAAAAACAAAAAGGGGGAGUAAGCCAAGGCCUGCCUCCAAAGGCACGGUUAUCUAUGGCAUUAUUCACAUACAAUUUUUUAAACUUAAACAGUGAAAAUUGCUCCCCAGCUAUGGCACAUUGUACCCCAUCCCCCAAAAAUAAAGGAUGGGUUAAAUGGAAGGACGUCCUGACAGGACAAUGGAUGGGCCCGGAUCCGGUAAUCAGCUGGAACCGAGGCGCGGUUUGUGUUUUUCCGCAGGAACCGGGACGAGAACCACUGUGGGUCCCAGAGAGGUUGACGCGACAAGUCCCUCGACUGAAGAUCAGGCCUGUUCCACCAGAGGCCAACCGCAGACCCAACAACAAGAUGAGCCCUAAAAGAACUGCAGGACAAUCCCUUUUUGGGGGCCUGGAACGGCUUGCUCCCCUAUGUGCUACCCUUGUUAGGCCCUCUAUGCUCCUUGUUCUUGCUCCUGCUUAUAGGACCAUUCUUGCUCCGAUGGGUCACAUCAUUUAUUAAUGGGCGCCUUGCGGCGGCCCGGCGUCAAGUACGCCUGGUUGCCCAUGCGGCCCUGGCAGCAGCCCGUGAUGGGCACAAUGACCCCCAGGCUUACGCAUGGCUCGCUCGAUUGGCCUACGACCGGGUCUAGAUGUGGCGGGUCUUCCGCAUUCCUUCCCUAUUGACACCACACAGCAGGGUGGGUGAGUCAAUGACGGGUAAGAGCGUGCCUCCCCAGCACGACUCGACCUAAGCCAGGCCCUACCCCAUACUGCACGAAAGCCGCUGGAUUACUAGAAUCUGCCCAGAUCUAGAUGCCUCUCCGAGGGGAUCGCACGGAGGGGCAUGAGUGCAUGCCUAUGUGCAUCCAGGUUCCGUCCAGUUCACUCCUGGCCCUGGAAAAAGGACGAGGGUCUCAAGGCCUUGGUGGACCCAGGGACGGCCGACCAGGGUCCAAGCCAAGGGCCUACGGUGGGCCUCAACACAGGGCAUAAGCCUCUGCACUCAAUCCAGGGCGGGCUGUGAUGCGUACAUUCAUUCAAAAUAAAUAAAAUAGGGGGAGAUGUUGGGAGCCGCGGCCGAGCCCGGUCGCCUUACUUGGCGGACGUGAGGCCUGUAGAAAAGAGCAAAGCCUGAGCUAAGUUACCCCUCCCAUCGAGUGAGCCAAGUUGGCGCCUGCUUCCUGCCCCCUGAUUGCCCUGGCGACUUAACCCGCUCUGUAAGAUAGUCUGCCUAGCAACAACUGAUGUUAGCCAAUCAGCCCGCAUCGCGCGCUUUGAACUGAUUGGCCACUGUUACCCUAUAAAAGUGAGUGCCUCUCCCGCCAUGAGAGAGAAGCACGGAAAAGGUAGAGAUAGAGAAAGUCCACUGGUGAGAAAGGACUGGUGGCAGAGCAGAGGCCUCGCGGGGCCCACGCGGAGACAAAUAAAGACAAGGUUGCACACCGUCAGAAUCUGUCGUGUGUUUUUCCUGCCGGCCGGGAGCGACACCGACAGAGAGCAUUAAGGAUAAAUUAGAAGAAUUCUAAAACAUCUUGGAAUUUACUA